UGCUCACCUGGUCACACUGUAAAACCGCGUCCUAAUGCCCAUUGGCGCCUGAAAAGUGUAGUUUGUGAAUUUGAGGAUUUAGACGUUAUUUCCCGAUUUAUUCCAUCCAGCAAUACGAUGCAGAAGGCGCGUGGAAGCGUGGGCACUCCGAAAGGAGGUCAGUUUCGCGUGCCAAAAACACCGCAGCAAGUACAGAAGCAAGUGCAACAAGAGGAGGAUGACGCCGCCGUCGACGCUCUGGAUGAUGCGCUAAUCUUUGACGACGAGGAGGGCGGCACUCGGAUCGGGGACAUCUACAUUCCGCCGCCGAUACCGCCGCACUGCUCCAUGGAAAGCACCGGACCCCGGCUAAUUAUUAAGAAGAUAGUCAACCGGAAUUUCAAAAGUUAUGCCGGUGAAGUGGAACUUGGACCGUUCCACCAGAGCUUCACGGCCAUCAUUGGACCGAAUGGAAGUGGGAAGAGCAACGUGAUUGACUCUAUGAUGUUUGUUUUCGGCUGCAGGGCCAAUCGCAUCCGUUGCAAGAAGGUGUCGACUCUGAUUCAUUCUUCGUCCCAGUUUCCCAACAUCCGGAGCUGCUCCGUGGCGGUGCACUUUGAGCAGAUCGUGGACAAGGAUGAUGCCACCUGCGAAACUGUGCCAAAUUCCCAGAUCGUGAUCGAACGUACUGCCAUGAAGGAUAACUCUUCGUAUUAUAAAAUCAAUGAUCAGCGCGCCCAACUGAAGGACGUGGCCAAGCUGCUCAAGAAACACAAUGUUGAUCUGAUACACAAUCGUUUUUUGAUCCUCCAGGGCGAGGUCGAGUCCAUUGCCAUGAUGAAACCCAAGGCAGUGCAUGAGAACGACACUGGAAUGCUGGAGUAUCUGGAGGACAUCAUAGGUACCCAGCGCUAUAUUCGACCACUCCAGCAGAUCAACCAGCGUGUGGACCAACUAACGGAUGAUCGUACGGAGAAGCACAAUCGCUGCAAGCUGGCCGAGCGCGAUAUGAAGGAUCUGGAGCAGCCAUUCAACGAGGCUGUCGAAUAUCUUAAGAAGGAAAACGACUUUGUGCGCACCAAAUCGUGGGUAACCCAGAAGUACAUAAGCAUCAAGAAGCAGAAGCUGGAGGAGUACACCAAGGAGCACGAGGUCUGCGUCGAAGAGUUGAGAGCCCAUGACGAGGGCACUGAAACACUGAAAAAGGAACGGGCCGAGAAGGAACAAAUCAUCCGAAAAGAAAUAGAGGCCUAUGAAUCUCUAGUGAAGCAACGGGAGACAAUCAAAAAGAAACUGGUGGCAGCUGAAAGAGCCUACACCGAAGUCCAGAGCACCAUGGAAAACACCAACAAACAGCGCAAGAAGGACAAAACCCAAAUAGAAAAGAAUGAAAAGGAACUGGAGGAUCUGCACAAGUUGCCGGAGAAGAACCAGCAAGAGAUCGAAGAUUGUAACAAGAAAAUAGAGCGGCUGGAAAAGGAGAAGGCUACGCUGAGCGAAGAGCUGGAGAAACAGCUGAGCCUUUUGAAGGAAAAGAGUGAACCAUUGACCGAACAGCGUCUCAAGCUCAGUGACGAGCUGGUGGGCCUCAAGGAGAAGGUCAACUCCGCAAAGGCAGAGCUCCAGGUGUUUGAGUCUCAACUGAAAAUCCUCAAGCAGGCAGAGACCACAGAGACUAGAAAAUACGAAACCCUACAAAAAUCCUACGAGCAGUCACAGCAAAGCCUCCAGGAGAAAGUGGCCAAGGUGGAUGAACUAAAGGAGAGUAUUCCGCGAAUGAAGACGGAAAUUGCAACCAAGUCCGCAGAGGUGGAUAAGCUGGUGAAGGAAGAGAGGAAUCUAUCCAUGCAAUGCAACAAAAUCAGGACAGAGAUCAAUGAAAGAUCCAGCAACAUGCAAGCCCAACGCUCCAAUGACAAGGUCCUUGACUUUCUGAUGCGACUUAAGAUGGAGGGAAAAAUUCCCGGCAUUCUGGGUCGUCUUGGCAACUUGGGUGGCAUUGAUGCCAAGUACGAUGUGGCCAUUUCCACGGCCUGUGGGCGGCUGGAUAACAUUGUCACCGAUACCUAUGACACUGCCUCGGAGGCUAUUGCAGCCCUGAAGAAGUACAAUGUGGGCCGGGCAACGUUUAUUACUUUGGAAAAGAUUGAAAAUCUACGUCGUGAGGCGGAAACGCCCAUUAAUACUCCCGAGAACGUGCCUAGACUGUACGAUCUGGUCCAGAUUGAGGAUGAACGUUUGAGGACCGCCUUCUACUUUGCCCUGCGCAACACCUUGGUGUGCAACGACCUGGAGCAGGGCACUCGCAUUGCGUAUGGCAGGCAACGCUUCCGUGUUGUGACCUUGCGGGGUGACUUGAUCGAGGUGACGGGCACCAUGUCGGGCGGUGGCAAUCGCGCCAUGCGCGGCAAGAUGGGCACCCAAGUGAAGACAAAGACGGUGGAGUCGGCCGACAGUUCGCAAACAUCCCAGAAAGCCCUCGAAGAUAUGCAGGUGCAGGCCGAGGAACUGCAGACUCGGAUCAAUUACUGCCAGGAGCAGCAGGGCCGGUUGGAGCGGGAGGUGCAAACUCUACAGAUGAGCCAGCAGCGCGACGAGGCGGAGUACAAGCGGCUGGCGGUGAGCAUUACAUCGCUGGAGCAGCAAAUGGCCAGCAAUCUGAAGCAGUGCGAGGCCCAGCGCCAACGGAUGCUCAAGAAAACCACGGACGAGGGAGCCGUAAAGGAGCGCCAGGAACAGAUCGAAGCCGCUAAGCAGGAAUUGGAACAGGCCCAGUUUGCUGAACAGGCCGUUUCCACGCAAAUCGAAGAGAUCCAAAACCAGUACGAUGCGUUGCGAAAUGACAACGUUAAACCGGUGGAGGCCAAGAUCAAGAAGGUGACCACUCAGAUGGAAAAACUGGCGGCCAAUGUGCGAUCCAUGAACGUGGCUCUGGCCACCGCGGAACGCAACAUUGAAAAGAUUACCGGAAACAACAACAAUCUCCGAGAGAACAUCAAAACGGCUGAGGAAAAGUUGAGAUCCCUGAGCGAUGAGCGGCAGAAGUGCCAGGAGAAGAAGGAGGAGCUGGAGAAGGAUGCCGAGCUGGCAGAGGAAGCCAUUGGCAAGGCCAAGUCCCAAUCCUCCGACGUUAAAAAGGAGAUCGAUGAGCUAAACAAGCAGGAGAAUAAAAGAAAUAUUGAACGGAUAGAGAUAGACACUAAGAUGCAAGCUGCGGCGGGAAAGAUGAACGAGGUCAAGUCCGACAUACCCAAGUGGAAGGCUCAACUGAAGCCCCUGACCCUCAACGAGAUUCCAGGCGAAACCGAGCCACAAGCGCCACUUAAGGAGCUCACCGAAGAGGAACUGGAGGCAGAGACACUGGAGGAUAUGCAGUACAAGCAGACCUUGCUGGAGGAGCAGCUGAAGAAGAAGCCAAAUCUGGGCUGCAUCAAGGAGUUCAAUGAGAAGCGCAACGUCUAUCUGGACCGGGUCCGUGUCCUGGAGGACAUCACCUUGAAGCGAAACGAGAUGCGUGACAAGUAUGAGGAGGUGCGCAAGCGUCGCUACAAGGAGUUCAUGGACGGGUUCAGUAUUAUAACCAGGAAGUUGAAGGAAAUGUACCAGAUGAUCACGCUCGGUGGUGAUGCUGAGCUGGAACUAGGAGACUCGAUGGAUCCGUUCCUCGAGGGCAUCAACUUUUCGGUGCGGCCACCCAAAAAGAGCUGGAAAAUCAUAACGAAUCUCUCCGGUGGCGAGAAGACACUCUCCUCCUUGGCUCUGGUGUUUGCCCUGCACUACUACAAGCCAUCUCCAUUGUACUUCAUGGAUGAAAUCGAUGCUGCUCUGGACUUUAAGAACGUCUCCAUUGUGGGUCACUACAUAAAGGAGCGAACCAAGAACGCCCAGUUCAUCAUUGUGUCGCUGCGUGUGAACAUGUUCGAGUUGGCCAACUACUUGGUGGGCAUCUACAAGGUCAGUGACUGCACCGACUCCAUUACGCUGCUGAAUCAUCCACCUCAGCUGACCGGGCAACGGCCCACAGCUGUACGCGGCACUCAGAUCUUGGACAGCACAGUGACUCCCGCGAAUGAUGAGAACCAGGAGCCGGAAAGCCAAGCCAGACCAUCGGAGGUGGAAGAUCCGCCAGGAAAAGAGACCGGCGGCAGGGAAACUACGUUUGCUCCACCCAUGGACAGUACGGGCAUAAACGAGACACAAGCACAGCCACGUCCAACGAUUAUUUCCUUGGCACCCGGCAGGGAGACCACCUUCCUGCCGCCCAUAGAAAGCACGGCCAUCGAAGAUCCGACACCCAAGGCAAGACCAACUGUGGAUAUCUCUCUGCAGAGCCCACCUAGCUCUCCUGAUCCUGCCAAGACAUAACCUCUAAGAUAUUUUAUUCUGUAAUCCUGUACCUAUUGUUACCCCAGACGAGUGUUGGUCGGCAAGGAGCUCAUACCAUUAAGUCACUCUUUUUAGUUUUUUUUUAAUAUUUUCCUUAUAAUGUUAUCGUAAGUUUAUCGAAAAAUACAAAUAUUUUUAAUUUUA